GAUGAUAAUCUUUUAUUCACCAUCAUAUUUCAACAAGUAGUAGCUGACAUUUCUGAAAUUUUCCUAAACGGGUUGCUGAAAUCACGGCUAAAUAAGCUCCUCGCCCUGGCAGUGCAGCUAUAAUGACGCGGAAGCGGGGACACCCGUUUUUUUUUUUUGUUUUUUUUUUUCCGGUUCCAGAAAAUCCCGCGCCGUCAUUCGCGUCUUCAUUCAGCAGCUCGCGCGCGCACGGCGGAGGCGCGACUGUGGGCGCGCGCGCACACGCACACACACACACUCACUCACACACACACACACACGCGCGCGCGCGCUUCAUGCGGUCGUGUUUUAAAACACACAGCAAACCGAGAAGCUUGUGUGGCUUGUUCUUUCCACGCCAGGAUUUUUCGAGUGAAGGCGCGCGCUCGCUUCCGCUCCGCUCUCCUUCGCCUCGCUCGCUCUGCGUCUCCGUGCGGCGCAGCUGAAGGCGCGAGCUGACGGUAGAAUGGGCGAACCCCUCCGGUUUCCACUGUAACUCUGGAAAUGGAGCCCACAUUCCCGCGGGGAGACAAAGAUGAGGUCCAUGUGGAGAAGCCGGGCCGUAUGCGUGCCGUGAGGAUGCGUGGUGAGGGGCUACUGUGGGACGACCCUCUGCACUUCUCGUGGCUGAUGGAGGCCGAGUCGUUCACAUCGUCAGUGCAGGCAGGUGGCCCCAUGCCCGGCACAGCCAUGACACUCGAGCAGAAGACCACCUUCGCCUUUGUCAUCUUCCUCUUUGUCUUCCUUUGCAUGCUGAUUGUGCGGUGCUUCCGCAUCCUGCUGGACCCCUACCGCAGCAUGCCCACCUCCACCUGGGCCGAUGGCCUUGACGGGCUUGAGAAGGGCCAGUUUGAUUACACACUAGCAUAGGGGAGGAGCACGUGCACACAGACAGACACACACACACACACACACACAAACACACACACAGCACUGACAAGAUACACCUAAUAAAUGAAUCACAAACAACCUUAAAGUAAUGAUUACAGGCAAACAUCAUAUGAUACUGUAUAUUAUACACGUAGCUAAAAUACUAUAUACACACACUUUGGUUAUGAACCUAAAUGUGACAUGAUAUGAAGUUAAAAAAAAAUAGGUGCAUGGUUAGUAAAAUGUCAAGCUUGACUAAAAAUAGAAAACGUUGAGUCACACACACAUGUGCACACACAGGGUGUUUUCUGAAAGGAGCAGUCAGGGAUUGUGAGUGCUGCCAGAGGCAGUUGUGGACCGGCAUGUGCCCCUCUGUGCCGCUGUGAGCCUGGUGACACUCAUACAGGGUAACCCAAGCGCUGCUCCUUCAGCUUCCUGCAAACACCCAGCACUCGUUUCCUCUUCUCACCAACACCAUUGAUAUCUGCACUGUUGUAUACUGCCAAGUAGACAUCUUUAGAUGAUAUGUCCUUUUGAAGACCCUUUAUAAGCACUUCAUAAAUACUACAUAGGUUAAUGCUUUUGUCUAUAAAAGUAAGCCUUAAGGUAUGCACUGUUAUUAUCAAUGCAGCUUAGUUUUGUCAGAAUUAGCGAUUAGGGUGUGUUUGUGCAGUGCUUAUGGCUUCAUAAAGGGCCACUUAUUCGAAUUAUGCUAAUUUUGACAUAGGCAGGUUGUUGGAAAAUAUUUUACAUAGAUGCUAUAGAUGGCACUUGUGGGUUUGUUUGUAGCCCAGUGUGAACAUUAAAAACAAUUGGAAUCUUGUAUGUAUAUCUAAAACAACAGUCGUUUAAAAAUGAUCCUACAGUCAGCAUAUACUGCCUCAUUAGCACAAGAAACUGAAUUUAGAUCAGUUCCAUUUUAAUAACUGAUCUGCCGUGAUUCGCUUCAUCAACCUUUCCAUUUGAAGCCGCAGCCGCAGGAGCCAUAAUCGCUAAUUUGCCUUGAGAAAAUUCAUCGCUAAGAGCCAACGAUGAGGAAAGGCCACUUUUCAGAGGUGCCUCCUGAGUCAUUCAUGUGAUGAUAUAAUGUCUGUGUCACAUUUGUCCAGAAUUUGGCUGAAUUGCACUGGAGUCAUUCUCCUUUUUAGAGCUUUUAGUCUCUUUACCCAUCAGCCUGCCAAAUGAUGUUCCUUUGCACUUUUAUGUUGUCUCACCACUGUGAAUGAGUCAAUGAGAAACUAAGAGCACUUAAGGAGUGAGUUGAACUGCCAGUGACUUUGAUUACGACUGCCACUGUUUUGCAUGCACAAAGCCACAUAUGAAUGUGUAAGAGAAAACUAAAGCACUGAGUAGUGCAGUGGGACUUGAGAGACGUUUUCAGCGCAAAUGAUACUGUCAGUUAAAAUGAGUUCACUGUGAGGAUCUGUGAAUAACCUUGUGUCUGAGCUGUAUGUUCUAUCCCAAAUGUUCAAAUAAGAAAAAAUUAAUAAGUAAAAUAACAAGAGAAACCCCAAAUUCAAUUUGCAAAUCCCCCAAACUGUGAGGAUAUUUAAACCUAAAUACUGUAAGAACAAAACAGGAGUAAUUAAAUUGUAAAAAAGAGGUUAUAGAUUUUCGUAUUACUUAUGAAGCUGAAUAGUGGAGAUUCAGACACAUGGUACAUACAACCACACCUGUAUUUGUCUUAUAGAGAGAUGAAAAUAAACUCCAAAAUCAUUAA